AUGGUUGAAGAACAAAUUUUUGGUCACUGUCUUCAUCACUGGACUGGCCUUGCAGUUCAGACAAAUUUCUAUCAAUAUCAUGUGAUCUAUCAUGUUCCUUCCUUAGUUCGUCUGUUGACACUGAAAAAUUAUCCAAAAAUUGAGGUCAUGGGACCUAUUGGUAGAAACAGCCUCCCCUCAACAAGCAACAAAGCUUUUGGCAAUGAAGACUCUUGGAGAUAUGGGAGUUUCAGUCACACCACACCACACAGAAGUUUAAACUCAUCACGUGGUGUGAUAUCUGAAGAUGAUUCAGAUAUUCAGAUCAAGGUGUUGCUGCUGUCCAACGCAUCUCCAUUCAUCGCAUCACCAACUAAACAUCUAAUUCUCGUGUUUGAGAAGCUGACAUUGCCAUCCUUAAUUACAGGAUACCUGUGCUGCCCAUGUGGAACUGAAGGUCACGACAGUACCAAAUGUAAAAGUACCCCAUGCUGUGUGAACUGCAAAGAUGCCCAUCCUGCCUACUCCCGGAAAUGCCCUACAUGGCAAAGAGAAAGAGAUUCAACGGGUAAAAACUGUGAUCAUCAUCCCAUAUCCAGAGGCUCGUCGCAUGGUCACUCCAAGUGCACCAUGGAACCAAAGACAUUUGCUGCUGUGUUGAAAUCUACAAAGACAUGUGGGGUUCAAACAGAUAUUUCUGUAUCACCAAGUGAAUCUCUUACCCACCAUGCAAAAUGUUUACUGAUCCCACCUACAUAA